UUUAUCUUUACAAAGCUCUAGUGUCAUUAAGAGAUGUAAAAAAAAAAAAAACUACUUUGCUAUCUAUACAUAUGUAACAUUUUAAGAAACUUCUCAAGUAGUCAUUUAAUAAUUUUUCCAUUUUGCAAGGCUUAAAAAACCAAUCCUAUUGCUGUGCAUUUGAAUUCACAAAUAUUUUUGAACAUCUAUUUAAAUCCAAACAAUUUUGAAUACUACUAAUAACUAAUAACCUGUAAUCGAUCAUCAAUGCACAAGAUCCGCCUAAAACAGUGAUCUUCAUAGAUUACUGUGCAAAAAGCAGGUGUGAAGAAGGAGUGCAGUUAUGAAUUAAUGUUGUAAAGUAAGAAAGCUUUCAAAAAUGUAUACAGUAUUUUAAUUGUUUGUUUUCAUUAACUUACACAAUGCAAAGUGAGUGAACUGAAGAAAAAUAUAUUUUGGUGUGACUACCCUUUGGCUUUGAACCAGCAUGAUUUCUUACACUUGCACACUUUGUACACUUUAUAGAUUUUGUAAGAUCAGAGUCACGUGUAUGAUUAACCAAUAAUGCCAAGAAGGUGCUAAUGCUCAUUAAAUACGUAACAUUGAAACACUGUCAUUAACUGAAACAGAAACAGCUGUGUAGGAGGCUUAAACUGGCUGAGGAAUAGUCAGUCAAUAGGAACUCUUCUACUAAGUUGAAGUUGUGGAAGACCGUUUCAUGUCACAGGUCAUAGACCAGGAUCUGUCCUAUGAGAAGUCCAUCAGGAAGACUGUCCAUGCAGGAGAAGAUUUCACUGUCAGCUGUAAAUACCCACAAUCCCUCAAGAGCUACCAAAGGUUUCUCUGCAAGAGGCUGCCUAUGGCAGCUUAUUCUUAUAAUAUAUAUCUUAAAGAAAGCAUCUUAAAUAUGACUAUGAAAAAUGUAAAUGAGCAGGACUCUGGUGAAUACUGGUGUGGAGCUGACGUAGCUUGGACAUCUGAUCAUGGGUACAAGGUUUAUUUCACAAAAAUUGACCUGACAGUCACAGCUACACCCUCAAAAACAACACACGGUUCAGUGGUAUCUUCAUUAUCAUCAUCUUCAUCAUCAUCAUUAACAACAUCAUCACCAUUUUCAUUGUCAUCAUCAGUACAGACACCAAUAUUUACCCGUACAGGACUUUCCCCAGUUUCCAUUGUAAUUACUGUGUUAGUAAAUAUUCUGAUUGGGCUUCUGAUUGGAAACACAUGUCUUUUUGUGGUUCUCCGAAUUAAACGCAAGAGGCAAGGAAAUUCAGCAUCUCAUGACAGGCAUUUUGUUCCAGGCUCAGAAAACAGCCAUGAGGAUUUUAAAGACACCAGAGGUCUUUUUGCCUCAGAAGAAGGAACUUCUACAGAUUGCUCUGCUGUGCAACUACCCACAAGCCCCUUUGAUCCUGCUCAAGCUGUUUAUCUUAACAUAAUGUUACCAACAAGCCCUUGUGAUUCAGGAUGUACUGUAACUUUGGCUCAAUUUCCCACAGAUCUCCCUGAUUCCUCAAUCUCCGCUGUUGAGAAACCUGAAGAAAGUCAGAUUUACACAACAGUGCGUUUCCACACCAAUGCCACCGGCUCUGAUGAUGUGGCUCAGAAAAUUAAGUUUAAAAAGGAGGAAAGAUCAUGUGAAUAUGCUUCAGUGAGUCAUGGCAAUUCUUAUGGCUAGUUGUGCAUACUGUACAUCAUUUUAUCUGCACAUUUUAUUAGGGAAUACAUGUACAGUAUAACUAAAUUAAACAUUAACUGAAACACUUGACCUGUAGCUGUAUGAUUGUAUACAUUUUACUGAUGCCACAUGAUUGGACGAUUGCAUAAUCUCUGAAAGGAUAAAGGAUGAGUGUGCAGGUGUACAUGUGUUUCUAAUAGAGUGGAUGUUGAGAGUAUUUACUGAAUACAGUGAAUCUGUCAAAUAUGCUUAAAUGCUUAAAGGAGUACAGAUACUUAUUUUUUGCCAUUUUUAUUUUACACUUUAGCCUUGAGAUGCUGCUUAAUACCAGAGCUGUCAAAUUGUUGAUUCUGAUGUAUUGAUUAAUUUUCUGUAACAGCUGGUCUAACAAUAGUGCCAGCUAUAAUUCAAAUCAGUUUCAUAUUAAUGUUUUAUUGUUAUUUUUGUUAUUAACAUCUUACACCUGUAUUACACCAAUAUGAUCAAUAAAAAAUGUGGAUCUGUUAAAGAA